UUUAGCCAGUUUUUUCCUCGCAUUGCUAACAAAAAAAUCGCGACUAUUAAAAUGUCAAAAUCUCUAUCGUUUCGUUUGCAACUAAGCUCCAUAAUGGAGAUAACGACUAAAACGGCAAUAGAAGAAAUAUGCAAAAUUGUAGACAGCGAUUUUGCGUUUUUACGACAAGAACUGUCUCGGGUCAUGAGUGAAAACACAGUACUUAAAGACGAAAUGUUCUGUCUUGGGAGCGAAAGGCAAAGCGAAAGCACGCGCAUCACAAAGGGAGCGCGCUCUGGCUCCAAAACAUAUCGCUCCAUUUGUGUUCAAACAGAAGAUGGACCAGAGCCCUCCAUCAAAGGGAUAUUUGGAAAGGAGUGGUGUUCCAGUUUGUGGGAUCGGAGGAAGGAGUCCAGAGAAGAUGAGCUGGCGAUCGAUGUUGACCUGUACCCCGUUUCGCCUUAUAAGCACGAAGAAAAAGACCCCUCCAAACUGGUCUUAAUCAAAGAGGAGAGUUUUGAAGUGGACGCUUAUCCCAGUUGUACAGGGAAAACGCCCCAUAUUUCAAGAGGACAGCUGCCAUCUUCUGCAUAUGAGCCCUCAGCAGCCUCCAAAAAUUUCAAUGACCACUUUGUGUCUGGUGAAUUUUCUGGGAUAUCGGAAAAACAAAACACGUCCUCCGAUUCGACUGCCAAACACUCUACAAGAACUGCUAUUGAUGACACUGUCGACCAAUUAAUAGCACCAAUAGACGAUCCAUUGGAUGUUGAUGGUCACUGUUUCCUCAACAGGUUUUCAGUAGAGCACAAUGACCAGUUUCCCUCCCAAUCCAGGGAGGACGGAGAAGCACAGGAAAUAUGCAUGGAUGCCGCAACCACUACAGAACACUGCGAAAAGAGAUUUAAGGUACAGAAACCGCCAAACAACUUCAGUUGCUUUGACGGCGGUAGGGUGUUUGUUCGCCAAAAUGCUGCCAGAAACCGUCUCAGAAAACAUCGGUUCGCAAAGCUGAAACAAAAUGAAAAGUUUCGUUGUGAGGUCUGCGGGAGAUGUUUUCAUUCGAACACCAAUCUCAUGGUUCACUAUGUAGUUCACACAGGGGAAAGGCCCUAUAAAUGCAGUUUUUGUGGAAAAGGGUUCUCCCAGAAGGGAAAUUUACAAACCCAUGAACGCAUCCACAGAGGAGAAAGACCUUUUAGCUGCGUCACCUGCGGGAGGAGUUUCACCCAGAAAGUCUGCCUAAGUAAUCACGAACGCAUCCACAGAGGAGAAAGACCUUUUACUUGUGUAACCUGCGGAAAGGGUUUCACACAGAAAGUCACCCUACAACAACACCUCUCUGUCCAUGACCAAACAGCUAAACCGGUGAGGAAGAACCCAAGGAAAAGUUACCGUGGUAUAAAAUAUAGCUUUAUGUAGCA